CCUUGUAGAAAGAGAGAGAGUGUGUGUGUGUCAGCGUGUCUGCGCGUGAGAGAGACAAAAAGAGAGAGAGGAAAAGAGAGAGAGAGGAAAGGGUUUGUCUGACAAGCUGAGGAGGACCACGGAUCGGAGAGCAGAAGAAGAAGCAGGAGCAUCAUCAGCAUCAUCCAAGAAAGAAGAAGAAGAAGAGUCAUCAUCCGACACUUGUUCAUCUUCACCAGCCGCUCAGGAUUUCUGUUCCUUACCUCCUCUGGCCUGACCGACCCACCAGCCCGUCGUCAUGAACUACCUUCGCCGGCGCCUGUCUGACAGCAGCUUCGUGGCCAACCUGCCCAACGGCUACAUGAUGGACCUGCAGAGGCCGGCCCCGCCAGGAUCAUCCAUUUCAUCUCCCGCCUCCCCGGCCACCGAGAGGCGUCAGCCCCCGAGCCUCCCCAUCCAGACCCCAGGCUCAGGCUCAGGCUCAGGCUCAGGCUCAGGCUCAGGCUCGGGUUUGGGUUUGGGUUUGGGUUCGGGUUCGGGUUCAGGCCCAAACCCGGCCUCAGCAGUGGGUUCGGGGAGCUUCCUCAGCUCCUUCUCCAGCGUGGUGAAGAGUGCCCAGAUGGCCCAGAACGUCGCCGCCGCUGCACACGCCAAGUCAGCCGGAGCUGCUGCAACUGAGGCUGCUUCUGCUGGAGGCGGUCAGCCGGUCAAGCCUGCAGUACGCAAACCCAAGAUCCUGCUGGUGGUUGACGAUCAGCACACUGACUGGGCCAAGUAUUUUCGGGGGAAGAAGCUGAAUGGAGAAUAUGAGAUUCGAGUCGAGCAGGCGGAGUUCUCAGAGAUCAACCUGGCCUCUUACGUCAACUCAGGAUGCAUGGUGGACAUGCAGGUCAACAAAGGCGGCUCCAAAGUUGUCAGGUCUUUUAAGCCAGACUUCGUCCUGAUUCGCCAACACGCCUACAGCAUGAUUCCCGGCGAGGACUUCAGGAACGUUGUGAUCGGCCUGCACUUUGGUGGCGUGCCGAGUGUCAACUCCCUCUUCUCUUUAUAUAAUUUCUGCAGCAAACCUUGGGUGUUUUCUCAAAUGAUUAAGCUCUACCACUCCCUCGGCCCGGAGAAGUUCCCCCUGAAUGAGCAAACCUUCUACCCAAACCACACACAAAUGGUCACGACCCCUUCGUUCCCUGUGGUGGUCAAGAUGGGGCAUGCUCAUGCUGGUAUGGGAAAGAUUAAAGUGGAGAACCAGCAGGACUUCCAGGACAUCACCAGCGUGGUGGCUCUGGCCGGGACCUACGCCACCACCGAGCCCUAUGUCCAGUCCAAGUACGACAUCCGCAUCCAGAAGAUCGGCAGCAACUACAAGGCUUACAUGAGGACCUCAAUCUCUGGCAACUGGAAGGCCAACACGGGUUCUGCCAUGUUGGAGCAGAUCGCGAUGACAGACAGAUAUCGCAUGUGGGUGGACUCCUGCGCUGAGAUGUUUGGUGGCCUCGACAUCUGCGCCGUGAAGGCUGUCCACGGGAAAGAUGGCAACGACUACAUUAUCGAGGUGAUGGACAGCUCCAUGCCUCUGAUUGGUGAGCACAUGGAGGAGGACAGACAGCUCAUCACUGAGCUGGUCAUCAGCAAGAUGGCGCUUGUGCUGCUGGGAGUUGUUACACCUCAGACUUCUGCUGUGAAGACCACUCAGCCCAGGCGAGGCGGUCACCGCUCUGGUUCGGCCUCUCCGUCGCAGUCGGCCCAGGGCUCGCCUCAGAGAGCGCGCUCCGCCACCACCUCUCCCAGCCAGGCCUUCCAGCCCGGCCCCAUCCCGGCCUCCUCUGGGCCCGGAUCUCAGAAACAGUCCCCUCAUCUCAACAAAUCCCAGUCACUGACCAACACCUUCACAGAAACGUUACGGGGAAGCCUGACCGACGACGAGGCCAAGGCUGAGACCAUCCGCAGCCUCCGGCAGUCCUUCGCCAGCCUCUUCUCUGACUAAAGAAGCCCCGCCCCCCUUGGGCUUCACGUUGGACGUCAGGUCAAAGACUAAAAAAAUUAAAAAGGGUGGGGAAAAAAAAAACAGCUUCAUUUGUAAAGGAGUCUCUUCUCUCUUCCAAACUUCGGCUUUGUGUUUUUUCUUUGCGUUAACCCAGUUGUCCAUCUGCUGUUCUCAGAAUAUUAGUGAAGUCAGCACUAGAAAGACCAAGACAUCCUCAGGAUCUUAGAGGAAGUUAGAAGGAGCCAAACUUUCAAAGGUAAUGCAGUGCCUUUCCCGUUAAAACCCAAAAACUUCUCUGUUUUGCAUUGAGAUUUUACAGCAGAGAUCAACGACUGCCUCGAACUGUAAGCAGAAGAAAAGCGUUAAAAAAAGCAAACAGGUUUAAAUAAAAAUAACCAUUAGAGUUUAUGGAUGAGACGUGACACAAAGCGAAAUGAAGACAUUUACAAGGUGUUUAUUCUGAUCACUUGAGGACGUCUGGCCUUUCUAGUGCUGACUGCUGUCACUACAGCAGAUCCUCAUGUGGUAGCUUGUGCUGCUUGGUAUAUUAUCGUUCUGCAUCCUGGUACAGAUGUGUUCCCGUUUUGUCUCUUUUCACCUUUACCCGUUUUAAGUGACACGCGGCUUCCGGGUUAUUUGCUACGUGAACGUGCCAAACGGUCACAGUUCGCCAGCGAGCUCUGAAGCUCCUCAGCCAGCAGUCGCAGACAUCCAGAGUGUGACGCAGCGACUCCUCUACCCCUGGCCUAACUUUACCAAAGUGCUUUUCAAUAGCAUAUAUAAAAAAAACCCUCUGCACCGGGUCUGGAGAGCAGUCAGCUGGUAGAAACAUUUCUACCCGGCUCGAGGCCGUCGUCUUCCAUCACAGCUCAGUGGCUCUUUAUCUUUCUAAGCUCAGUUAGUUUCACCUUUAAGCUUUUGUCCAGCUGGAUUGGCAUCACAGCUGCUUCUGCUGGGCGCUGGUGAGCAGCGAGGCUCACUCCGGACAGAAAAGGUUCAGUUAUAAUCCGGAAUGUUCCAUAUUUUCUCUCUGCUCUCUGCAGCCCUCGUCAGCUGAAUUUACAAGCGCUCCGCAAUACGUCUCGUUUUGGAAUUCAGAGCCGUAUAUGGACUCGAACCGAACCACUGAGGCAGUCCUAACUUCUGAAGAGUUGGGAUUUAUUUAUUGGUUAAAAUGUUUCCUGGAAAGUGAGUUGACUUCAGAAAUCCUUCUCGUCUCACUGCAGGCUGCAGGCUUUCCGAGACAUGAACGUCAGUGAAGGUCAGAUUUGCAAACACAAUGCAGCCAUUGUGUAUUCAUCUGUCAUUCACACAAGGAAAAAAGGCAACUUUGAAUGACAACUUUGCUUUUUUUCACGGGCAAAUAUUAUAAUUUUCCAACUGUUUUCAGACAUGCAGAGUGAGAUUUUAUCCAUCCAGUCGAACAAAGUCAGGGGAAAUGUUAUGUGACUGCAGUAACAUGGAGACCUAUCAAACCAGCGCCCUGUGGAGGGCAUAAGAAGCUCUGUGUUGAGGCCAGUCUGCCUUCAAUUGAUAGCGUGUGACAAAAACUGUAAUUCAAAACAUUAGAUUCCAGGCAGCAUUCAUAUAUAUACUGUAAUUUCUUUGUCACCACAAAAUUCAGAGAGAGUUUUACAUUUUUCUCUACAUAAUCACGUGAUGUUUUACCAAAUAUGGCUUAACAAUUAACCGCUAACAUGGCUGUCAAAAUGGCAUUCCGAGGAAACCUUCCACUCAAACCCGAUCAGUUGAAGCUAGUUAGCAACAAUAAACACACAGGAGGACCAUUCGCACAGAAUGGUUAGCAUAACAUGAUACGUGUAGAUCAGUAGACAUUUUGUACUGACUCCUAAAGCUUGAAAAAUAAAUAUUUUCUUACAUAGUAAACAUUAUGCUCACAAACGAUAGCUGUGGUUGCCAGCCUGGCUAUUCUCUCCCUGCUUGAGCGACCGAUGGUAGACCUAGUCCAAGUAUUUCAUGUCUACUGGGCAAAAAGUCUUUCCAACAGAGAAACUGUUCAUCUCUGUUGCAGAUUUCAACAUUUGCAGGAUGCUUCAUAAUAUUUCAAAUCUACUUGAAUUUUAUAAGGGUUUGAAUUAUCCUGUUGUUCACUAAUGUUCAAGUGAAAUCAAUUAAUUAAUCUAAACUGAGAAUCCAGUUGCUUACACAGCUGAAUAUUUAUCAAAUUAUUAGAGAUAAAUGAAAUUAAUUUCAGUGGCUUGUCUAACACACUCAGUAUCUGUUGUGAACUGCAUCAAGAUAAAUAAUGUGUGCCCAAGCUGUCAGGUUUUUAAAAUACUUCAUUUCAGAGGAGCUGUUUUCUGAGUGGUUAGCUUCGUUAGCCCUGUCAAGCUAACCAAUUCGGACACCCUGAUUCCUGGCGUCUACGAUACUAGCAUACAUUAAACAUGUUCCAAAGCAGAGACAGAACUCUUCAUUUUAGUUAUAUUUAUGCAGUUUUUGUUUUAAUACGUCUGCAGCAAAGUUAAUCAAAAUGUUAAAAUAUAUUUUUUUUUUACCAGUACCAGCAAUUUACCAAAAAUAAUCUUUAACAAUGAUUCUUUCCGCUUGAUUUGCUUUUGACUGGGGAUAAAUUUUAAAUACACGGCCAAGCAGGAUUUAUACUGAAAAACCAAAGCUUUGGUGUAGCUUAGCCUAAAUGUUAAUCAAUGCUAACUGAAAGGGUUUUGUUAGCCAGUUAUAAAUUAGUAUCGUUUCACCUUUACCAGUAUGACGUUGACAGUGCUAAUUGCCCUGAACCAGCUUUGACCUAAUCAAUAUUUGCCCUUACUUUUUACACACCUUUACUCUGAGAUGGUUUUUCUCCUGCUGAAUUGAAAUGAAGUAAUGCUGCAUUUAUAUAAACAUCUUUUAUUCACACCGAUAACAUAAAAAAAAACCCUGCUAAUAAAGUCGACCUUUAAAACUGCAGAGGCAAACGUCCUAGUUAAAGCAAGCAAUAAAAUAGAGACACAAAUACACAACAGUGCAGCCCUUCACUUGUUUGUUUUAUAUCUGAAGUCCCAUAAUAAUGUGCAAAAAGCUUCUAUGUCCCAAAUCUAGUUUUUUUUUUUUUUUUUUUUGCUUUUUUGUUUUUUGUAGGAAGCUAUUUUGAUAGUUAUGCUAAUGUUAGCUUUUACUCUAAAGAUCGUAAUGCCCACCAGCCAGGACAAAUAGAUCUUAAUGGUGGGUGGAAUAUGGUUGGUUUAAUGUGUUACUGUGGCGGCCAUCUUUUCAGCUCCAAAGCUAACCGGACAGCACCUGAAAGAAGCUAAUAUUUCAUAUUUAUCCUGGCUUAGAAAGGAUUGAGUCAGACAGAAGGUAAACUGGAUUCCACUGGUUUUUUUCAGUAUAAAUUUUCCUUUCCCAUCGACCCAUACAUGACUCCGUGGAUCCUGAUGAGUCACCAUUGUCACCAAUUUCAUAAAAUUGUGUACGGUUCUGGUGGCAAGCAGGGCAGAAAAAGGGACCAGUGGAGGAUUUCUUUGGGGUUACAUUUUGGCCCUAUAUUGAUCAUUUAUAGGUUUGAUGCAGGACAGUUGACUUAACAGAUAAAAAUGUAAAUGUGGCCCAUAUGUGUAACUGAUUUUCUUAAUGUCCAUUUCAGCACAAAGCCACAGCUCUCAGCCGGUUCUUGUUGUUGUACUUAGUCAGACCAAGUGGAUCCCAUAUGUGAAGCCAUUCAGAGCCCAGGCCCAGUUAGUCCCAAUGAUGCUUGCGCUGGACCCAUAUGAUGCCCACCAACAUCUCUGCCUCAGAUGUUGCAAAUUCAGCGUCUUGUAAUUUUGCUCUUUUGCGGUCAGUCCUUAUCUGGUCUCACUGUGUCAAUACGGACCAAAAUACAUGUCAUUAUCUUUACUGUAGGGAUUACUCCUGUUUAGCAUGCAACACCAGUAUGAAAAGCCAUAAUCGAGCAAUGCGGAUUUCUAUCCUUUGUGUGCCACGCAAUAAAGCUGUGACAUCACUCACAAAGCGGUGCGUUAGCGGUUCGCUACUAUAAUCACUGUGUCCGUGGCCUCUCCUGCCUCGCAGAGAAACUCAGCAAUUGUUGCUUCUUCCUUUUGAAGGUUUCCCGUUUGAUUUCUGUCAGGAGAGCGUUGGAUGUCACUUCUCUUCUUUCCGCUUCAAACUGGAAGUUGGGCGAAAACGUGACGACGACUUGGUGUCGCGUAGCUUCAGUGGUCUCUAUUUUGGAGCUGAGGACCAUGAUCUCAUUCGUUUGACAGGCUCGAUGUUUUGAGUCGUUUUGGAACCAAGCUUGAAAAUGUUGCACCUACCUCAGGCUUAGCAGUGCUUUCAGAAACUGGCUGUACUUGUGGAGAUUUUGUGUUUUCUACAAGGAUCUGUGCAAAGACAUUCAGACUCCCUUCACCAGUUUGACCUGCAAACUUUACAAAAAAAAAAAACAACGUUCUAGUGUGUGCGAUACUGACCUAAGGAUGAUCGCCAUCUUAAUAUCAUAUCCUGUGUGAUUUAAAAUGAAACAGGAUGGAGCCGGUGUGCCUUGCAUGCAACAAUUAGUGGAGUGUGACAUACCAAAUGACCAGGCACUCCCAAAACACUCUGUCUCCUCUAGUGGAAAUUUACUGAUGCGCCUCAAUAAAUGUGCAAAUAAUUUAAAAAUUAAUUUGACUUAAAAAAGAUAGAUGAACCAUUGCUGGAGUCAACAAGCAGAAUAAAUUAAAAAUAAUAAAUUAGGUCAUUUAUAAAUAUUGAAAGGUUCGUAUAUUUCUUAUGCAGACAAUUAUAUUGCAACUGUUACGUGAGUUAGCCUGUUUAAAGAGUUUUAUGUAUUCAAAAACUUCCAAACCAGUUGAAAAUAUAAUUGCCAUCCUUGUCAAAUCCUGAACUGGCUGGUUUGGUUCCACUAGCAGCACACAUGCCUGCUUACUGACAGACGGGUAGAAUAAUAAAACACGUUAAAUAGUACCUGUCUGACAGCACGAAGCAGGUCACAAGAUGGUAGAAAGGAUCAGAAAUCAAGUUUUUGGAUUCUAUAACAAAAUCAUUUGGAAGUUCAGUGAGGGGCUCAAAAAUGAAUAAGGUGCAGUUUGUGCAGUGGCCUAGUCCAUGUCCAAACCUCAGUCCAUUUACGGGCAUGACCAUUAACAAGCCAUUAUUGCUUGAAAACCAGUUAUUGUGGCUGAAGUAAAACAAGUGCAAAAAACUGAAUGCAAGUUAUCACAAAGCAGGAUUUAGGUUUAGGAGGCAUUUACUUUUUCACAAAAUUCAAACACAACUCUUUUGUUUUUCUUUUUUUUGUUACUCAAGUUAUCCUUGAAUAAAAUAAAUAGAAACUUCUUCAUGUUUGAAUAUGGACAACGUGGAACAAAAGACCAGAAAGUCUUUAAAGGCAACAUUUACUUGAUAAGCGCCUUUUUUUUUCUUUUUUUUAUCAGUCUUAUAUAAUCUGAUUCCAAAUGAACUUAGAGAUUUUAAUUAUCUUUAAAUGUUUGUCCAAACAAUAAAAAUUAAUUCAUUUUUGCCCCUUUUUGAAUUUAAUUGCAGUCAUAUCUUGAGGUGUCCUGAGGGGGCCCAGACUUUGUCUUUCAGCCCAGGACAGCUUGGCAGGUUGCUACGGCCCUGCCGCUGGUCCGUUUUGUCUUUUUAUUUAUUUAUUUAUUUUUACUUUCAACUUCAAGUACUUGUGCACCUGUUUCUUAUCACGUCCUCAUUUGCUUCUUUGGAGAAAAUAAUAGUAAUAAUUUUUAAAAAAUCGCAAUACAGCUACGUUUUAUCGUUUAAAACUAACUGAACUAAUAUGCAUUCAAAGAGCCUUGCCAUGUACUGCAAGCUAACACUCGAUGUGAUGUGUGUGUACAGCAUGGAUUUCCUUUGGCAGUCAUCCUGUCCACCGCGUUCCUUCCUCCCCGCUGAAUGACGGCUGGUGUCGUGAGGUUUUUCAGUGUAUCAAUGUUCUGUAUAUCGCUGUAAACAUGGCAUGGAAACCAACUUUUCUCGUGUGCCUCAGGUGUGUAAAUUUAGUGAUCAUGUGACCUUAAUGUCUGGCUGCUUGUUUGUGAGACGUGUGACGCAUCUCUUGUGUUUCCGUAACUUAUUAUUAUUAAUAUUGUUAUCAUUCACAUGAUCUCUGUACUUUUAUGAAUUUAUUUAUUGAUUUUUUGUUUUUCUGUCUGAAAAACAGGAUUUCGGUUAAUAAAGCGCGACAACUUUUAAUACA